UUCAGUCACUUAUAAAAAAUCUAUUUAUUGUGCUUCUUCUGUGGUGCCUCCAUUGCUCUUUUCAACGCGAUUCCGGUUUUCCAUUAGAAAGUUUGCUAGAUAUUGCACGGGAUCCUGGGGUCUUUCUUUGGCGAGCACUUUCAAUCCCUGCAGCAGAACGGGAAUCACCGUCUGGUCCAAAUACUGUCUGGUGGGUAACGAUUGUAGAUUGUUUCCGGCUGGUUUUCGGCCAUUAUCUGCCGCCGAAGUCUUACUGUCCCUCUCCAUUGGAAUUCUUUGGUGCAGAUGGUCGAUAGAAUCCCGUCCGAACGUAUGUAUUGGCUUCUCUAGCUUGCGGGGGUUUGUUUACGGAAUCGAAACAGGCUGUCGGCGCUUGCGAAUACGAAUGAUUUUGACAGAAAGCCGAAGCGAUGUUUUAUUGACAGUGGCGCGGCGAUGUUUACUGCGAUCUCUUCGAAUGUUAUCGUAAACAACGCGUGAAAUCCGAACCACCUUUUUCCCUUCGAGAAAAUCUAUUUAGCGGUAUGCAAUCUGGCUCGGAACUAACUCAUGCAAACGUUUCUCCAGAAGGCGAAAAGCCGGUGGUCAAGAAUGAAAGCAAAAGUGCCAUCGCGUGUGAAUUCUGUGGCAAAUCGUUUAAAUUCAGAGCGACACUCCGACAGCACGAGAAAAUACACUACGGUAUCAAGCAGCAUGAGUGUGAGAUGUGCCAUCGUCGAUUUUUGCACAAAAGCACGCUCAAGUGCCACCUUCGACUGCAUACGGGAGAAAAGCCGUACAAGUGUCCGCACUGUCCGAAAACAUUCCGUGGCCAAACAGCGCUAAACUGCCACAUCUUUCGGCACACGAACGAGGGAGCAAAAUGUCCCAUCUGUCCAAAGGUCUUUGCAACGAGCUCAAUUGUAAAACAACAUCUCAGGCAGGUGCACACGAACGAACGGCCAAACGUGUGCAAUCUGUGCGGAAUGACCUACAAGUAUCUGAAAAGCUUGAGGCUACAUUUGCGCAACCACCAGAAGCGAGUGUGUCCCGAGUGUGGUGUUGGCUUUGCUAGUGUGUACGCGAUGGCAAAGCACCGAAAGUCGCACUUGAAAGAAAAUCUGCCGUUCAAAUGCGAACACUGUGAUCGAGCAUUCGAGAAUCGAUCGAAGUUUACUUCACACAAGAACUUGAGAGGCCGGACAUUUCAGUGCGAGCUGUGCUGCCAUAGCUUUAACAAACAGAACUACCUGACGAACCACCAGCGGCGUGUUCAUUGGAGGGAACUGGAUUUGGAGCGGUUAAGAGUGGCCGAACCUCAGAAUGGAUGGAAUCGGAAAGGCAUACCAAAACCAAAACGUGCAAAGGAAGCGUUGAAAAGUGCUGAGCCUGAAGCUAUACCCGACUAUUUAGAGCCGGUUGAUGAUAACGAAAAACAAUCACCAAUAUGUGAUAUGAAACACCUUUCGGAACGGAACGAUGCACCGCAUACAGAACUAACGAUAGCGAUGGAUCAAUGUUUUCCCAAAACUGAUGCAUGUCUGGAACAUGGUAAUACAGCGGAUGAGGCAGGUUUAGUCGAAAAGGGUCAGCAAGUUUGUCAUACGAAUGAAAUGAUUCGUAAAAGCGAGGAAAACCCCAAUUAUUCAGCUGAUUCACCCACCUUUACCACUAAAACAUUCCAAACAAGCCAUAAUACAAAUGAUGAUUUUUUGUUGCCGUUAUCUGCGAUCAACCAAACGCAAAAACUGAGUUCAAAGGAAUCACUGAUCUGUGAAAUGUGCGGCAGCUUGUACGCAUCGGCCGCAACACUUGCCGUGCAUCGUGUUAAACAGCACGCCAGUGCCCGCUUUCAGUGCGACCAGUGCCACCGAACCUUCGGCUUUCGAUGCUUUCUGGAGAAACACAUUCGAACGGAACAUGAGAAUGUGCGCGUUUCUUGCAAGUUGUGCGGCAAAGAAUUCAAGUACGCACAAGAUUUAAAGGUGCACAUGCGCCACCACGAGGACCCUAAACCGUUCAAGUGCGAUCAAUGCGCUUCCGCAUUUCGGUUUCCCGGUGCGCUGCGGUCUCAUAAAAUUCUACACCAAAAGGAGCUACCGUUCAAGUGUGAUGUGUGUGGGAAAGAGUUUCGUUUCGAAAAUAGUCUUCGUGUUCACAAACGUUUGCACAGUGGUGUGAAGCAAUUUAAAUGUGAUAUCUGUGAAAGAGAAUUCGCAACCAAAGCGCCCAUGUUGCGGCACAUGAAGGUGCACAAUAAUGGGCGGGAGAUGGCGUGCGUGGUUUGUGGGAUGGUGUACUACAAAAAGGUCGAUCUGGAAAUACACCAAAGCAAAGAACAUUCCCAUCACGAGUCCGUGGCUGGGAAGGUGAAGCCGAUCUACAGCUGUGAGCAGUGUGGGAAAGAGUUUAUCAAGAAAAGCAAUCUCAAAGCACAUUCGUACAUACACGAGGAAGUGUACCGGUUUGCGUGCAAGUUGUGCAAUCAAUCGUUCAAACAGCAUGCCGGUUUGCGGAACCAUAUGAUCAAUAAUCACCAGCAAACAGCCCAAGUUCCUGCAACGGCAGCGCUGAUCGAUCGAAUCGAAAAUGUGCAGCCAAAUGUUUGAAUUAAAUUUCAAAGUUUAGAAUGUACGCAGCCGUUUUAAAGUACGCAGCCACAACAGGGUAGCAGUUUGACAGCUGUCACCAGAAUGUAAACAAAAGUGCGUUUGUGCUGCCGCACGGACACACGAGCAAAACAAGAACGGGUGUCGCAUGUGCUGCACAAAUUAUAGUACCACAAAAUGCCGAAAAUAUUCACCCCAACGAAUCAGAUCCGGCUCACGAAUGUGGCUGUCGUUCGAAUGAAGAAAGGCGGCAAACGGUUCGAGAUAGCGUGCUACAAAAACAAAGUGCUCUCGUGGCGAUCCGGCGCGGAGAAGGAUUUGGACGAGGUGCUCCAAACGAUAGCGGUCUUCAACAACGUAUCCAAAGGGGAGGUCGCAAAAAAGGAAGAGCUUCAGAAAGCGUUCGGCAAAGAUGAUGUCACUGAAAUUUGUAAAGAGAUCCUGGCCAAAGGUGAACUGCAGGUGUCGGAAAAGGAACGACAGGAUCAGCUAGACUCGAUGUUCAAGGAGAUAGCAACUACCGUUGCGGACAAGUGCGUCAAUCCGGAAACGAAGCGACCGUAUCCGGUUUCUAUCGUUGAGAAAUCAAUGAAAGAUAUUCAUUAUUCCAUCAAGCCCCAUCGUAACGCGAAACAGCAAGCGCUGGAUGUGAUUCGGCUGCUCAAGGAAACCAUACCGCUGGAACGAGCCAAGAUGCGUCUGAAGCUGGCAUUGCCGGCAAAGGAAGCGAAACGUCUGAAGGAGCGAAUAGCGAAGCUAGGCUCUACGGUGACGGAAGGGGAAGAGUGGGAAGGCGAACGGCUGAUGCUGACGUGCCUCAUCGAUCCGGGUCACUUUCGAGAGAUGGAUGAAAUAAUUCGAACCGAAACGAAAGGUGCCGGUUCGCUGGAAGUGUUGAACCUGAAGGAGAUCAAAGAAGGCGAGGAAGUUUUGGAAUGAAAGGGGCCGUGGUGUUGCGGGUGUUUACUGGUUGGUUGCUGCGAUUGGAUAUUCGAAAUUCGUGUUAAUUAUUUUUAAUAAAUACCCAACAACGAUUGUAAACUAGU